CUCAUCGCUCAUGGUCUCUAAGAUCUUGGUCUAUUGAGUAUCAUUUGUUUCUUGAAAGCUGUCGGAUGGAUCAGCAAGGGCAGGGCCAGUCUCCAUCCAUGGGAGCGGUAGGCAGCGGAGGUCAGAUAGCAUAUGGUAGCAGCAGCAUGUACCAUCCCAGCCAAAUGACUGUCGGCCCGACAUCUGGAUCUCAGUCUACUAGUCAGCCAAGUGGAGCUCAGCUUGCUCAACAUCAGCUUGCUUAUCAGCAUAUCCACCAGCAGCAACAACAACAGCUUCAACAACAGCUCCAGGCUUUUUGGUCAAAUCAAUACCAAGAGAUUGAGAGAGUAAUAGACUUCAAGAACCAUAGUCUUCCCUUAGCAAGGAUCAAGAAGAUCAUGAAGGCUGACGAGGACGUGCGAAUGAUAUCAGCUGAGGCACCUGUUUUAUUUGCUAGAGCAUGUGAAAUGUUCAUCCUAGAAUUGACUUUACGGUCAUGGAGUCAUACCGAAGAGAACAAGCGUAGGACACUGCAAAAGAAUGACAUUGCUGCAGCUAUCACAAGAACUGAUAUCUUCGACUUUCUGGUUGAUAUCGUGCCAAGGGAGGAUCUGAAAGAUGAAGCACUCACGUCGAUUCCAAGAGGCUCAAUAACAGUCGGGGCCCCCGGAGAUGCACUUCCUUACUGCUAUAUGUCGUCUCAGCAUGCAUCUCAGGCUGGGACACCAGGAAUGAUUAUGGGCAAGCCCGUGAUGGACCCGGGUAGUUAUGCUCAACAAUCACACCCUUACAUGCCUCCACAAAUGUGGCAGCAUGGCCAAGAUCGAACCCCGACCGAUCAAUAGUAGCUUGCAGCGCCGAGGUGAAGGAGAACCGUACGUCUCUCUGUCCUUUUCGUGCUGGUACAUAUAUAUAUGCUUCAUUAUGUCGACUAUCUUCAAGUAAAUUUAUAUUUUUGUGGUUUUUGUGUUUAGAUUCUCUUUAGUCUUCUGUAAUUAUGAUAUCUCACGUUGGUUGGGGAGGAUAACAAACCACCAUUUAUAAGGGUGUAGAAACCUUCCCCUAGCAGACGCGUUUUAAAGCCUUGAGGGGAAGCCCGAAAGGGAAAGCCCAAAGAGGACAAUAUCUGCUAGCGGUGGGCCUGGGUCGGUACAGUAAUGCACGUUUUAGUGAAAACACUGGCUUGUAAAAUGCAUUAUGAGUAUUAUCUUCAAUCAUAUAUACAGCUUACAGUUCUUCAAUC